CACACCCUCCCCGGACUGUCUCACCCGCGCUACUUUAUGCAAAGUUCCCGGCGCUCACCCGACGGCGCGCGCGUUAAGCCGGGUUUCUAAACCCGCUAAAGUCGGGGAUCCCGGUGCCGCGCCAUCCCUGAGAAAGAGGAAACUGCAAAAGUGCAGAUCGACCCAAAGAUUUGACAUGCCCUCAGCGAUGCGGCUCCUGUCUUGUCAUUUCCCCUUCCUCUAACCCAAUCGGCAUCUCUAUCCCAUGCUAUGCAGCAACUGUCGCCUUGGUCUGGUGUCUUCCCAGAAUCAUUCUUGUGUCCUCCCCUGUGCCAGGCACUAGGCACGAGGAAGCAGACAGUGCAUCUCCACAGGUUCCUGUUGCAUGGCACCUCCAACACCUGCGCACGCACAUCCUCAUGCCACCCACCCACCUGGGCUUCCAACAUAGAGGCUUCCGGUUCCCUCAGCCCAGAGUCCUCAGAACCGCUAAUUAAAUUCAUUCACACUGAGGUGAACUAUCCGAGGGCAGCGGUAGUUUUGGGCAUACCAGAAAUACCUGCCUCUAGGGCCUGCAAGUCUCGAGUCAGAAUCAUCGGGGCUAUUUUUUUUUUUCUAUUUUGCUUUUUCUUGAGCCUGAGAGUUUCAGCACCAUCUCUGAAAUCUUAUCAGACAUGGCACAAGGCGUGUUUCCACUGUGAAGUCUGCAAGAUGAUGCUUUCCGUUAAUAACUUCGUGAGUCAUCAGAAAAAGCCAUACUGUCACGCCCAUAACCCUAAGAACAACACUUUCACUAGUGUCUACCGCACGCCUUUAAACAUAACUCUGAAGAAGCCUGUGGCAGCCACGGGUGGGAUCAGUGGCCAGGAUGGUGAGCAGUUUAAAUCCGUUUUCCACUGGGACAUGAAGUCCAAGGAGGGAGCAGGCACACCUAGCAAGCAACCACUGAUGAGUGAGAGAGACUAUUGGCCGGGGUAUGGAGAAGGGAGCACUUGGUGUCCAGGAGCUCUGCCAGACCCUGAGAUCGUAAGGAUGGUUGAAGCUCAGUCUCUGGGUGAGCAGGGCUAUACAGAAGACUAUGAACAGCCACAAGGAAAAGGAAGCUUCCCAGCCAUGAUCACACCUGCCUACCAAAGGGCCAAGACAGCCAACCAGCUGGCCAGCCAGGUUCAAUACAAGAGAGGCCAUGAUGAGCGAGUCUCCACGUUCACUCCGGUGGCAGACACUCCUGAGCUGCUACGAGCCAGAGCUGGAGGACAGCUUCAAAAUGACGUGAGAUACACUGAAGACUGUGGAGCUCAGAGAGGGAAAGGCAGUUUUCCCGCCAUGAUCACACCUGCUUACCAGAUAGCCAAGAGAGCCAAUGAGCUGGCAAGUGAUGUGAGGUACCAUCAACAAUAUCAAAGGGAAAUGAAGGGAAAGGCUGGUUCUGUCGGAGCUGAGGGCAGGGUGACAAAGGAAUGUGCAGACCAGUAUGGCCAGGUUUACUCAGAAGAGUGUGAUGAACCUAGGGGAAAGGGCAGCUUCCCAGCCAUGAUCACCCCAGCUUAUCGGAAUGCCAAGAAGGCCAAUGAACUUGCUAGUGAUAUAAAAUAUAGGCAGGACUUCCACAAGAUGAAGGGCGCUGCGCACUUUCACUCCCUCACAGCCCAGGACAACUUGGUUCUUAAUCGAGCUCAGAGUGUGAACAAGCUUGUGAGUGAGAAUAAGUAUAAGGAAAACUACCAGACCCACCUGAGAGGCCACUAUGAAGGAGUCGGUAUGGACAGACGAAUGCUCCACGCUCUCAAAGUUGGCAGCCUGGCCAGCAAUAUUUCGUACAAGGCUGAUUAUAAACAUGACAUUGUGAAUUACAACUACCCAGCCACUCUCACGCCAUCGUACCAAACAACGAUGAAGCUGGUUCCCCUGAAGGAUGUCAACUACAGGCAGAGCAUCGACAAACUGAAGUACAGCUCCGUGACAGACACACCUCAGAUUGUUCAAGCCAAAAUCAGUUCCCAGCAACUGAGCCAC